CCUCCCACGGCUAUUUGACCUGAAUGUGUAAUUCAGGCUUUUCAGCCAUUUGCAGAACUUUGACCUUCUGGAGGCUGGGAGGUCUAACCCCCAAUUCUGGUUCUAGGCAGCUUGUUCUGCUCUGAACUGCCUGACUUGCUUUUAUUAGCUAGAGGAAGAGCCUGAGGCCAUCAGGAGUCAGCACUCUGUUUAAAUCCCAGGCGGUGCCCUAUGGGCUUUCCACCUCCCUUCCUAUCCCCUGCAGGCUAGAAAGACCUGUCCAAGAAGGGGUUGGGACUACAUCUCCCAGAGUGCCUGGCAGAGUAGUGGCCUUGGUGUGCCGGCUGCACCAGUUGCGGGUGACAAUGCAGCGGACAGUGAGCGUGGUGGCCCCUCUGGGUUUUCGUCUGCAGGCACAACCCUUGGUCCAGAGCCGCCCACUCAGUUGUGUGCAGCCUGGCUGUCCACAGGAUGUGCUCCGCAGGACUCCACUCUAUGACUUCCACCUGGCCCAUGGAGGAAAAAUGGUGGCGUUUGCGGGGUGGAGUCUGCCUGUACAAUACCAGGACAGUCACGUUGUUUCACACCUGCAUACACGCCAGCACUGUUCUGUCUUUGAUGUGUCCCACAUGCUGCAGACCAAGAUAUUUGGUUGUGACCGAGUGAAGCUGAUGGAAAGUAUGGUGGUUGGAGACAUCGCGGAACUAAGGCCUAACCAGGGAAUACUGUCACUGUUUACCAAUGAAGCUGGAGGCAUCUUAGAUGACUUGAUUGUGACCAAUACUUCGGAGGGGCACCUGUAUGUCGUGUCCAACGCUGGCUGCUGGGACAAGGACUUGGCUCUCAUGCAGGACAAGGUCAAGGAGUUCCAGAACAGGGGCAGUGAUGUAGGCCUGGAGGUGGUAGAUAACGCCCUGUUAGCUCUACAAGGACCCACUGCAGCGCAAGUGCUACAGGCUGGUGUGACAGAUGAUCUGAGGAAACUGCCCUUCAUGACCAGUGCUGUGAUGGAGGUGUUUGGUGUGUCUGGCUGUCGCGUGACCCGCUGUGGCUACACAGGAGAAGAUGGUGUGGAGAUCUCAGUGCCAGCAGCAGGGGCAGUCCACUUGGCAACUGCUUUGCUGAAAAACCCAGAGGUGAAGCUGGCAGGACUAGCAGCCAGAGACAGCCUGCGCUUGGAGGCAGGCCUCUGUCUGUAUGGGAAUGACAUUGAUGAACAGACCACACCUGUGGAAGGCAGCCUCAGCUGGACACUGGGAAAGCGCCGCCGAACUGCCAUGGACUUCCCAGGAGCCAAAAUCAUUGUUCCCCAGCUGAAGGGUGAGGUGCAGAAGAGACGUGUGGGGUUGAUAUGUGAAGGGGCCCCAAUGAGAGCACACAGUCCUAUCCUGAGCACAGAAGGCACUGUGAUUGGCACAGUGACCAGUGGCUGCCCUUCACCCAGCCUGAAGAAGAAUGUGGCAAUGGGUUAUGUGCCAUUCAAGUACAGUCGGCCAGGGACACAGCUGCUGGUGGAGGUUCGGCGGAAGCAGCAAAUGACGGUGGUUACCAAAAUGCCCUUUGUGCCCACCAACUACUAUACUCUCAAGUGAAGAUGGCCCAUGAAAAGCCCUUCCCCCAGGAGUCUUCGAGGACAAGACAUUCCAUAGUGCUUAGUCAGAACAGUGAGGCAGAGCUGUCGGGGUGGGGUGGAAGCUAAAUGCUGUUUGCUGUGGUCUGGUUAGGGUCGGGAGAACAUCCCAUCUAUUCUCCUUCUCCAUCAAGCCAUCCUAACUUUAGGGCCCAAUUUUUAAAAAUACAAAUCACCUUAAUUAAUGUUCUAUUUCAGUCCGCAAUCCCACUAACCUUAUUCUGCCAGGUGCUGGCUAUAGAACAAACAUCUGCCUUUGGAGGAUAACACCUGCCCAACCUACCUCACCACGGUUUCUCUAAUUUCAAAGGGCUAUUACUGUGGGCAGUGUGAGCUUAGGAACCUCCUCCACUCUGCUCCUCAUGAAUGCACACCCUGCCUUUCCUUGGAUAAAAAUGACUUCUGACUCAGUGUUGGCUGAGUUGUUCCUGUGCACAAACUUAGGGCUGGCUAAGCAAACACAGACUCACCCUUCCACAUUCCCUAGUCAGCUCAGCCUGUUGUGAAGCAGCAAGACAUGGCAGGCUUGGUACUUGGGCUGACCUUAGCUCUUGUUGUGAAUAACUGUACUUUACUAACUCUGGGAAAAAAAAAAAAAUCAAAGAAAGUUUCCUUCUGGGGCUGGAGAGAUGGCUCAGUGGUUAAGAACACUGGUUGCUCUUCCAGAGGACCUGCUUCAUUUCCCAGCACCCACAUGGCAGCUUAAAAUUGUCUGUUAUCCAGCUCAAAGUGAUUUGACAUCUUCAUAUAGUAUUAAAUGCAGGCAAAACACCAAUGCAUAUAAAAUAAAAAUAAAUCAUAAGAAAGUUUCCUUCCUUCUUC